GUUGUCAGAGCUGCUCGUAGCUAAUAGGUCGCUCUUGCUUUGCGUCUCGGUAGUUUGUUUGUUGUUGGAUCUCCGAUCAAAGUUGCAAAACGCAAGGUAACAAAGCUGGAAAGCAAGACGAUGUCCUCUCCGCUGCGCUUCUAUUACGAUCUGAUGUCGCAGCCGUCACGGGCGCUGCUCAUCAUCUUCCGGUUGAGUGGCAUGCAGUUUGAGGAUUGCAUCGUGGCGCUGCGUAAUGGCGAACAUCUGACAGAAGAGUUCAAGCAGAAUAUUAAUCGCUUCCAGCGCGUACCCUGCAUUAAUGACAACGGCUAUAAGCUGGCGGAGAGCGUGGCCAUUUUGCGUUACCUUAGCGCCAAGGGCAAGAUACCGGAACAGCUGUAUCCCAAGUAUUUUGUAGAUCAGGCGCGCGUCGAUGAGUUCCUCGAAUGGCAGCAUAUUACGCUGCGCGUCACUUGCGCCCUGUACUUUCGGACCAUCUGGCUUGAGCCGCUGCUGACGGGACGUACACCCACAGAGGCGAAAAUUGAGACGCUGCGCAUGCACAUGGAGCGUAAUCUGGACAUUAUUGAGGAGGUGUGGCUGGCCAAGAGUGAGUUCCUCACCGGACCAGCGCUCACCGUUGCCGACAUAUUCGCAGCCUGCGAAAUUGAACAGACACGCAUGGCCGAUUAUGAUGUGCGCAUCAAGUAUCCCAAGAUUCGCGCCUGGCUGAAGCGCGUGCGGCACAGCUGCAAUCCGCAUUACGAUGCCGCUCACUCGUUCGUGUACAAGAUAUCGGGCACGGGCCCACAAGCCAAGCUCUAAGGCAUUCCAUAAAUCAGACGAUGUAAUACUUUCUGUAAAUAUCUGUGUACUUGCAUGCCAUACACAUAUUUAUGUUAACACGUCAGAGAUUAAGUAUUUAUAGAUCUUAAAUAUAUAUUAAGUAUUCCAAUUCAGAAGGAAAACUUUUUUUGUGGGUCUUAUAAAGCAUAAAACAGAAAACAUAAAGAUCUUAUUAAGCCGUGAA